AUGGCUAGUUUUAAAAAGAGAUUAUAUCAGCGAUUGCUGGUUUUUGCAGUAUUUCUACCCAUCUCAGGUGUUUUAUGUUUUAGUGAGCUGUUUUUCAUUAAGGAGCCCCAUGAUGUGACCGUUAUGAGGAAAGACGCCGUUAUUUUGGACUGUCAGGCGCACGGAGAGGCGCCCAUCGACAUCAGGUGGUUAAAAAACGGAGUACGGCUCGCAGAGACGGAGAGAAUGUACCCGCUAAUCAACGGCUCACUUUAUAUCUCUGAAGUGGAGAACAGGAGAGGAGACAAAUCAGAUGAAGGGUUUUACCAGUGCCUUGCUCAGAACAAGUACGGAGCCAUUCUGAGCCAAAAGGCUCGUCUAACUAUCGCAAGUAUAUCCCCCUUCACCGUCCAGCCCACCUCCAUCGUGGUGACGGAAGGCACAGUGGCGAGAUUCGCCUGCAAAAUCACGGCCAACCCUCCGCCCAUCAUCACGUGGGAGUUUAACCGAGUCACCUUACCUCUGGCCACAGAAAGGAUCACUGUGUUGCCAAGCGGAGUGCUUCAGAUCCAAGGAGUGGACCAGAAGGAUGCGGGGAACUAUCGUUGUGUCGCCACCAACAUUGCCAACCGGCGUCGGAGCACAGAGGCUACUCUCACGGUUACCCCAGCUCCCAGCCCCAGACUGCCCCAGAGACCUCAAAUCAUCGCAGGGCCUCAGAACGUUACCGUGGCGAUGCACGGAAAUGCCAUCUUGGAGUGUAUGGCUACAGGAAACCCCCGGCCUCUCAUCUCGUGGAGCCGGGCGGAUCAGAAGUCCAUCGACGUCUUCAACACCAAAGUGCUGGGAAGCGGGAACCUCGUGAUCUCGGACGUGAAGCCGCAGCACGCCGGAGUUUACUUCUGCCGGGCCACCACUCCCGGCACGCGCAACUACACCAUCGCGGCAGCAAACAUCACGGUUUUAGCACCUCCCGCCCUGGUGGAGUGGCCAGAGAGUUUGACCCGCCCUAGAGCUGGCACCGCCCGUUUUGUCUGCCAGGCCGAGGGCUUUCCGCCACCCAGCAUCACCUGGCUGAAGAACGGAGAACGGGUCCACUCCAACGGCCGCAUCAAGAUGUACAACAGCAAACUGGUGAUCAACCAGAUCAUCCCCGAAGACGACGCCAUCUACCAGUGCCAGGCGGAGAACGACCUGGGAUCCGUCCUCACCACGGCCCGCCUGAUCGUGGUGAUGUCAGAGGACCGGCCCAGCGCCCCCAGAAACGCCCGGGCCGACACCGUCUCCAGCUCCGCGAUCCUCCUGGCGUGGGAACGGCCGCUCUACAACUCGGACAAAGUCAUCGCCUACUCCGUUCACUACAUGAAGGCUGAAGGUUUGAACAACGAGGAGUAUCAGGUUGUCAUCGGUAACGAUACCACGCGUUACAUCAUCGACGAUCUGGAACCAGCGAGAAACUACACUUUUUACGUCGUGGCCUACAUGCCCAUGGGAGCGAGUCGCAUGUCUGAUCACGUCAUCCAGCACACGCUCGAGGAUGUGCCUUUGCGUGCUCCUGAGCUCAGUCUGACCAGCCGCAGUCCCACGGACAUCCACGUCUCCUGGCAGCCUCUGCCGGCCAAGCUGAGCCGCGGCCGGAUUUCGGCGUACCGCAUCUCUUACCGCACCAGUGCGGACGGGGCCGUCUCCCAGCUGGAACUGCCCGGCGAGCAAACCCGGCACCUCCUGGAGGACCUGCAACCCGAUACCAUUUACCUCGUCCGUAUUGCUGCAGCGACUAGCGUGGGCUGGGGGGAGCAGUCCGCGUGGACCUCUCACCGCACACCCAAGGCCUCUAGCACCAAAGUGCCUCUGGCUCCAGAGCUUCAGCUGGAGCCCCUGAACUGUACCACCAUAGCCGUCCGCUGGCGUCUGUCUCCAGGCAACGCUGCCGGCGUGCAGGGCUACCGUCUGUUCUACCACGAGGAGAACCAGCCCGAGAGCGCCCCCAUCCUGCUCCGCGCACAGGACAGCCAGCAUACCAUCGGAGGGUUGGACCCGAGGAAGAAAUAUCACGUGAAGCUCCUUGCCUACAACUUUAUGGGAGAAGGCUAUCAAGCAGACCAGACUGUGAGCACUCCGGGGUGUGUCUCGGUUCGCGAUCGCCUAGUCCCUCCGCCUCCGCCGCCUCAUCACGUUUACGCCCAGACCAACAGCUCGUCCUCCGUGCACCUGCACUGGGGCCGCCCGGCCUUCAUCACGGGCCAGGCUGCCGUAAACUACACCGUCCGCUGUAACCCAGUGGGUCUCCAGAACGCCUCUCUGGUUCUUUACCUGCAAACGUCUGAGCAGAGUCUUCUAGUAAAAGACCUGGAUCCCAACACCCGCUAUGAGUUUGCUGUUCGCCUGCAUGUGGACCAGCUCUCCAGUCCCUGGAGUCCAGUUGUAUAUCAGACCACUCUCCCCGAAGCUCCUACCCAGCCACCGUCUGGAGUGAAAGUGACCCUGAUUGAGCAUGACACAGCAUUGGUGUCGUGGAAACUUCCAGAUGAGCCCAAUGUGGCAGUGACUCGCUACACAAUCCUGUACGCCUCACGCAAGGCCUGGGUGGCCGGGGAGUGGCAGGUGCUUCACAGGGAAGGGAGCAUCACCAUGGCCCUGCUGGAGAAUCUACAGCCCGGAAACAUCUACCUUGUCAAGGUGUCGGCCUCCAACGAAAUGGGAGACGGCCCGUUCUCGACCGUGGUGGAACUGGCGGUGCGCACCGGUGGGUCGUCAGACCGACGUUCCGGCCCCUCGCACAGCUCUGCUCGCGCCACAGUGUUCUCUGAUGGGUUUUACCACCUGGAUCAGAGGUCAAUGAGUGGCAUCAUCGUGGGGGUGUGCAUCGCCUUAACCUGCAUCAUCAUCUGUGCCUUGGUCCUCAUCUGCAGGGGCAAAGCCAGGAAAUCCUGUACAACUAAAACUGUCAGGCAAGGAGGGGAUCAGGCUCCUCCCACAACUGUCCACCUGACCAAUGAAAAUCAAGCGGAGAAUGCUGAAGUCAUGGUUCCCAUGAUGAGAGGAGAACACUUCAUCGAUGCAAAGGGUGGAACAGAUCUAAUCAUUAACAGCUAUGGCCCAGUCAAGCCUACGACUAACAAGAAGGCUAAAAAGAAAUGGCUUUUCUUCAAUAAGGAAGACAAACAGAGAGGCCAGGUAGUACAGAGCAGGGACCAUAGCACGUGCUCCUGUCAGCCAGGCGCCGCGUUGUUGCGCUAUAAAGACGAGUCGCCGCCCUCCGCCCUCCAGCCGGAUUCUACUCACAUCCUGUUCGAGACGCCCGGCGACUCGGAGGGCUCGCACACCAGCGAGGGCAGCCACGAGACGGGCGACUCGGGUCGGUACUCUCACGACGAGACGGAGGCGACCGGCCCGCCCUCCGGCCCGGGCAGCCGCCCCGCGUCCCUGGGGGCCGAGGACGGCGAGGGCGUGGAGGAGAGCCCCGCCCGUCACGCCCACCCCGCGGUCGAGAUCGGACGGGUCGCGCUCGAGCCCGGUCAACAACAGGAGCUGCAGUGA